AAUAUUUCAUUCGGGAUAUUCAUCAAUUCCUACUGUAAUAUUCGUGAAAACUUGUCGUGUAUCUGUCAUGCGAGUUAGACGAUAAUCAUGAACUAGAUAAUUACUACUGCGUCAUGAUGAAGUUCACGAUUGUGCAGUUUGAUCCAACAUCAACUCUAUAUGCCCCUGAAACUUUCUUCGUCUGUAUUGCGUUUGUCCUUGGCCUCGUUCACAAGGCGAGCAUUCUCUCUCAUCAAUUCUACGCAAUACUUGAUCAAUUUCCCAACUUUGAUGCGUCUUUUGUUAAAUUUCAAAACAAUUGAAGUCCAGUGUGAUCGGACUAGAGAUAAUUGAAUCGUCGAUCUCAUAACUAAAUUCCAUGAACGAGUUAAUUACGAAAAAAAAACACAAGGUGACCCGGGAACUAGAAUUCAUCUCGUUUAUAUGCGACAUUUUUAAUCUGAUGAAAUCUAAUGACGAUGAGGAUGUUUUCUACUCUAAUUGCAAUUACGAACUCGGUGUCCUUGAUUGACGUGCGAUGACGGACAAAUAACAGGAAGACUAGACAUUAAGAAUUUCUAACUAGGAGAUAUUCAUCAAGCGUAAACAGAGGCGCCAGGGUUACACUGGUCGUAGUCAAAAUAUAUAAUCGAAACCUAUAAUUCUUGAAAUAUUCAAUUAUCGAGCUAUUUAAUCGUCUACGUGAGCAAGGUUACAUGCUUAUCUCGUGAAAUAAACCAUUUGACAUUUCACCCAUUACAAUCUACUUUGAUGUGAAAAAACGAGUUCAUGUUUUAAACGAUAUACUAUCAAGUCUGAACCGAAUUUCAUGAAAUUCAUAUCCUAUCUAGUUGCUUCUUCCAUUCGCCGCUAUCAUAUCACUGAAUAGACUAAACAGAACAUGAGCGCAAAUGUCCAUCCCUACUCGACCAGCCGAUAUAUCUUGAGGACUCAGAUUUGACCGAAUUUUUUUCAUGAAAUCCUAUCGUGAAAAGAUUAACAUGUACCGGGAUUCACCGUAUGGUCCGCCAGUUGCGAUGUAUCGAGAUUUUGAAAUUUCCAACGGUUUGCUUCCAGUGAUAUUUCGAGCUCCAUUAACUAAAUUUAUGGGCCAGUCGAGUUGAGGUUUACAUUCCCAGGUAUCAGCUUGAAUACAAGCACUACAGCGCGGAGUCAGAUAUGCCGAAGUCUACAAUGGAGAAUUUUAUCAUCGCCACAAAAAUGAGUUUGGAGCAAGCCAAGCAGAAGCUGGACAUGUAUUACACCAUGAGAACCAUCGUUCCGGAUCUCCUUAGAAACAGAGAUCCACUUAGCCAAAGCAUAAUCCAGGCGAGGAAAUUGAUGUUAGCCGUUUUCCUUCCCAAGCUCACCCCCGAAAAAUACAGAAUCUGUAUCAUGCGACCCAACUCCGACGAUUACACCAAUUACGAUGCUUACGAAUCGGCUAAGUACGUUCUGAUGAUGCAGGACUAUUUGAUGUCUGCAUCUUCCAGUACCGGAUGCAUUAUCAUCUGUGAUCACACGAUGCUGACCUUCGCCUUUGUUGCCAAGUGGACGCCAACGCUCAUUAAAAAAGGCGAAAUCGUAAUGAAGAAAGCUUUCGCUCAGAGAAUUAAAGGGAUAUACAUAAUCAACCCUGUGCGGGGGUCAGAGACCGUGAUGAAAAUAGCCAAGACAGUUAUGAAACCUAAACUUGCAGCAAGGGUGCUCGUUUUUCCGGGAGAAAAUUACGAAGGAUUGUUUGACUACGUACCGAAAUCUAUACUACCGCGAGAAUACGGUGGCGAUGAACGACCCUUAACUGAACUGGCUGAUUCGUGGGCUCAAACCAUUGAGGAAAAACGAGACUGGUUCUUAGAACAAGAUAAACUUGUAGUUAAUGAAAAUCUUCGACAAGGCCCAUCCUUGAAAACUGACGACCUUUUUGGAAUAACCGGAUCUUUUCGAAAACUAGAUAUUGAUUAGACCUACUACUGGAAAUUUUGUAUUGCUUAUAGUGCAGGUGUCUGUUGGUACUGUUCUCCCGAAAGAUAGAAAAAAACAUCGCCGAGACAAAUGAAUGUGGAACAGAUAUUAUAACUCAGGUGCAUGAAGGAAGGAUAUUCAUAUCUAGAAACACAGUGGAAUCGUUUAAACCUCUUCGGUAUUUAAUCAAUCGAUCGGUGUUUUACUGCUGCUUGUUUGGCAUUUAGAAGAGCCCGAGCAGAAAAUUAAUCAGGUGGCCUGAUGUCUGAUCUGGGCCGGUUAAGGCAUCCCGGCCAGCCGAAUCGGGUCAUGAUCCGGGCCCAAUCAGGGAUGGUCAGAGCCCGAUCAGUCGAGGUUGUGGCACGCCUGCAACCUUUUGCCUGAUAGAGUUCGGGCCCGGGCCUGAUCAGCAGUCUACGUCAGGUAUGCCUGACGCGUUUCACCUGAUAGAAUUCGGACCCGGGCCUGAUCAGUCGACGUCAGGUAUGUCUAAUACGUUUUGCUUGUCGGGACUCGAAUCGAGGCCUCGUCAGUUGAGGUUAAGGUAUGCCUGGCGCAUUUUGCCUGAUCGCACUCAGGUCGAGGAUUGAUCAGAUAGUGCUCGGCGAAUCGAAUCGGGUCGAGACUUGAUCACCAAACAAUUCAGACAUACAUGAGCCACGCUCAGCAAUUCAUUUAUUUAUUACAUAAAUUUAUAUGGGCUGUAGCAGAUAAUAGUAUGGGCACAUUGGAGGUGAGCAUAUAUAUAGAUUUUCAAGCUGUGACAAUAUUUAGAAUAAGUAACUGGGCUAAGAUUAGAAUACAAAUUACAUUGUUAAGAACAAACUACCAUUAAACCUUUCGACAUUCAUUCAAGUCAAUUUGUGGAUUCAUCACAUUAUUUAGUACCUGGGCACACUUCAGGGUGGUCUCAGGUACAGAUCUGAGUGGCCUAAGGCACUGAUCCGGGUAGCCUCAGGCUUCAAAUCAGGGGGACCCAAGGCACGAUAUCAGGGCCUGACUAAAAUGCCUGAUCAGGGCCGGACGAUGCGAAGCGUUACAUAAUUGAUCCGCGCUGGAUAUUCAUGCCUGAUUGGGGCCUGAUCGGUCCUAUCAGGCAUGCCUAGCCAGGGCCAGAUCACAGCCGGAAAAAUAUUCUGUUCGGGAGCUAGCCCACCAUGACUUUCGGGUUCUACAUCGGAAGAUCCCGCGAACCUUGACGAAUACUUCGUUUCGAUGACCCAGUUUUGGUCACUUUUAUGCUGUUGCGUUUCAUUGGGAAGUUCUGCGGUUUGGUAACAUUGAGUGUCUCGACGUUGAAGGUAAAUACUAGGUAAUGAACUUGUAGUAUCUCGUGUACCAGCAUUCACCAUGCAAAGUGACCAAUUGAGUCAGAAUUACCCGGGAUUUCUGACGUAGUUUCAAUUUUGCUAUAACCAAAAAUUAAUACUAAGAUGUUAGGACACGUAUGACUGAAACACUCCUUAAUCUCGGAUUUGAUCCAUAAAUUAGGAAAAAGAAUUAGUGAAAAUUAAAACUAACAUUUCGAAAUUCCUUUUCUUCUAAAUCCAUUCAUUUAUGUAGGUGCCCAAGAUGCAAUUUGAAGUUAGUUAAUAGGGUCGUAAAUAAAUGAAAUAAUUGUUUUUUUUGUCCACGUCAUUUACAAUACAAAUCACAAAAAUUAAAAAAUGGUCAAAGAUUAGUGAAUCAAAAACUUAGAAGAAAAAACUCGUAAGUUAGAGAAUACAAACUCCCGCCGUCGGAAAUAAAAGAAAAGAGAAAACAGUAAUGGAUAAUGAGGUCGAAGGUUUCAACCAAGAAUUUUGUUCAGAAAAAUAAAUGAAUGAUUUUGUUCUUA